AUGCAAUCGAUACUUUCUCUUCAUCCCGCAACUUACUUCUUCAAACUCCUACUGAUCCAGGCUAUUGUGCAAAGCCUAUUGAUCGCACUCAUACCCAACGUUAACGCGCAGGCUCUUCAAGUCUCCUCUGGCCGGAGAACGCCGGGCCUUUCGCACUUGUUGUACGCCCGCCGCCCAGCCGAUCCGCGUGACCCACUCCAACCGUACGAAUGCGACCGGAAACCACUGAGUCCUGAAACCUGGAAAGAACUCAGACUUGAUGACUACCUUAGAAAUUACCCGGGCGGACUGGAAGUAAACCUGACGGUGUUUGCCGCUCAAAAUAGCGCCCUCAACUUUGAAUGCGGCUUGAAUCUGUUUUGCUCAGCCGGUCAGCUCUGUUCUCCUAUCAGCGGCAGGGCGUGGUGGGUGCUAGCGGCUGCAGAGCAAUAUACCAUGUAUCAUAAUUCCCUCUACACUGCCAUCGCCUUCGCGGCCGGUCAAACAAAAGCCAUUGGAGCCGAGCUUGUGAAUGACUUGUACAAGCAAGAUGCCAAAAGGAAAUUUCAACUGUUCCAUCAAAUUUCAAUGAUACUCACCAUGGUCAUGUCUGUCGUGGCCAUCAUAGCCGGCAUAGUUUUUAUGGCCGCUGCUUCUCUGACGCCUUUUGCGGUGGCGGCUGCCGCUGGUGCAGUCAUUGCAAUCGCACAAGUCACGAUGGUAAUGAAAGCACAAGCCCAAGAGCUUAAAGCCGGCAGACAAGACACAUUCACCAAGUGGGCUCAUUAUGAAGAUCAAAUUGCACACUGGCAAGCAAAUGCCCAAACAAAGAUUGGUGAGAGAAUGAAGGAAUUCAUCGAAUCUCCUGUUAGUAGCCCCAAAGGCCUGCUCGGAGCCUUGGCGGGGGGCGAUUACUGUCGUAACAACCAAAAACUGGAUUCAAAUGACUUGGAACAAAAAUUGUCUCGGAUUCUUACCAUCCGAAUGGCCGGUCAGAUACUUCGGGCAAAGAACGGAUUUGUUACAAUUAAUUCGGACCGCUGCAGACAAAAUGGACCCAAUGGAGCUUUUUCCCUCGACGAUGGCUGGUUGAGUUAUUGCGACAGGCCAGACGGCACAAUGAUGAACGUAAUCUACAACGACCAUGGUGAUUCUGGAAAUAAAUUUUACAAUGCUAAACUGUUGGUUGAAAAGUACCAGAUAACAGCGGAGUUUAUCACCAAGCAGGCAGUAGAAUGCUCCAAGCUGGGCAAAGGGCCCGAUUAUGAUCCAUACGCAGACGGAACCAAUUUGUCGAUGGACGAAAACGCGCCCUGUUUGAUUAAUUUACCAGUCUGCGACACUAGCGCUCACGUUGUUCACAAGAAGCGAAAACACACAACUACUCCCAAGGCAUGCCAAGCAGGCGGAAUGGCUUUCUAG